AUGGACUCUGCGUUCAAGGCCAAGCUGACUGCAGUCUUGGAUGGUGCGACUCAGAAGGGGCUUUUGAGUUCCAUGGAAGUUGCCUACUCUUUACUCAAGGAACAUGGCUACAUGUACCACUUACAUGGACAUAGCAAGCUGAUCGGAGUGCAUCAAGGCAACCGCGACGGAUGGGGCAUCGACCCUGAGCACUGCCAUGCACUUGUGGACCGCUUCCACAACCUGGGAUUUGUGCCUUCCGCUGGAAGAUACAUUGCUGUUGAGAUCCCCACUGGACCUGAAGGUGAGGUCACUCGAGAUUUCAACAAACAGCUGGCAGCUUCAUCCAAGGAUCUGCUGCCGCCUGUCAAUGACGUCUUGAGGUAUGCCUCGAUCAGCGGAAGCCACAGCAACAUGGUCCUUCGCUUGUGGCACUACAGCUGCAAGCACGGGCAGAACCGUCUCAGCGUUGAUCAGCUACGUGUACACGACCCUGUCUACGCCGCAGCGGUGGAGAAAGGGCUUCAGUGGGAAGUCGUGUCUGCUGAGAUUGCCCAGUGCUUUCCGAGUUUCGUUUCUCUAGCGCAAUCUGCUCAGAACUCAAUUGCUCAAGUUUGCCAGCAGGAGACAGAGCUUCAGCUUUGCAAGCGUGUGAAGGCCUUCAUUCGGAGCGAUGGUUCAAUCCCGAAAUAUGAUGACAUCGCCCCCAUCAUUUUGAGGUCGCAGCCACCCAACCCGGGCGUUGUACCGUAUCUGAUGAAGUUUAUCAUGCGGUUUGGCUGCGCUGGAGACAUGAUGGAGCUCACCGAAAGCUUUGUGAGAACAAAUGGCGCCUCUGGCAGAUCGUUGGGCAUUGACAUGUGGGAUUGCCUUUCAAUGGAAGUGAAGCACCGCGACCAAGAGCAACUCAUCCUCUGGCGGCAAGCGUUUUUGAAGGCAUUGUUGUGCCACCAGGAGAAGUUGUUUUCCGUCAGUGACCUCCGCAAAAGCUUAAUUUCCAAAGAUGUUCUCAGCAAGGUCUUGUCGUUCGAGGACAUGCUGGUCAAGCUGAAGGCUCAUGGUGCAAAGUUCACGGACUUGACCUCGUACCAGCUGUUGCAAGGCCAUGGCGUCUUUGAAGUGAAAGCUGUGGUGCUGAUCGUAGGCAAGAAGCCGAAGGAACCUCAUGCCCUCUUCUUGAAAGUUGAGACUUUAGAAGAUGCUGCGGUUCAAUGCCAUGAGUAUUGGCAAGGCUUGUCACAAGUCAGGGUUCCGUCUCCCUGGGCGCUGCCGAAGCCAAAAUCACCGGCGGGGCCCUCGGCCGCCAAAGCGGACCUCAGGAGCCGCGACUUCGACGAAGCUGGCAAGCUCAAGGGGACUGCCAAGAUGGAGGAAAAGUUCCACCUCGGCGACGUGAUCUAUCGUGCAGCAGACGAGCAGCAAGGAACAAUCAUUGCCAUGCAUCCGCUGCAUGUAGAGUUGCAAGCAGAUGACGGUCAUGUGUACAAGGUGACCGCAGAUGACUUGCUGAAUGGACCAGAGUGGAAAAAGGUUGCAGAGAAGAAGCCCAAGGUCCCAGUGGCGGAUCCUGAGAAGUGGCUCUUGGAGAUGGCCAUUGCCCAGGUCAAAGCCGAAAUGACAGUCAGGCUUCUGGAAGAAGGCACGAAGUUGCAGGGUUCUCAUGCGAAGCUUGAGAUGUACUCCAAGCUGAAGGGUGUUUUCAGUGCUGCAGCGUCGGCAAAGGGAAAGCUUUGCUUGGCACCCUUGACCAACCGGCUUGAGUUGCAGCUCGUUGCUGACAAGAAGCCGCCGCCAACGGGUUCAAUUCUCAUGUGCGAAAACAAGGUUGAUGGGCAGAAGUGCAAGAUCUUCCUGCUGCCAGCAUCAGGGUGUGUGGCGCCGUUUUGGAACCUUAGGAUCACUAGUGACAGUGAGGAAUCGAACAUGGAGAUCACAUACAAAACCAAGAUCCCGAUUGCCAUCAACACGCAUGCUGUGGAUUCUGGAGAUGAGCUGGUUCUGUUUAGGCCAAAGAACGUAAAUCCGCCGAAACCAUUGGAACUUGUUGCGGCAGCCAAGAAGAAAGCUAGGACGUCCUAG